CUAACCUUCAAAACAAGAUAACAAAACUGCAUGCAUGAAUGAAUGACAUUUGCAACGAUCAGGUGAUAUCAAGACAAAGUAACACAGGUGUACACACAUAUGCUCUCUUUCUCUCUCUCUCUCUCUCUCUCUCUCUCUCUCUCUCUCUCUCUCUCACACACACACACACACAUACACACAUCAGAAACAGGUGUGGUUUUGUGGUCUCAAGUCUUUAUGCUGGUACACCACAGAUCUGAAUGUUGAAUUUCAUGAGCUUCGGGCAACAGAAUUACAUAUCAACCAUUCAUUUAACUUCAUUUGGAAACAUCCAGUAGGUCACAGAAUAUCCAGUGAGAAAGAUGAACACAAUGAGAACAUUCAAACUCAGCUUCUUCUAUUUAAGUCUAUUAUCAAUAAACCAACCAAGCAAAGCUGAUAAUAUACUUUUCCUUUCAAUGCCCUGGUUCAGUCAUGUUCAAAACCAAAUUCAUACAGCGAUGAAAUUGAAGGUAUAUGGCCACACUAGUUACUUCUCAUUGCCACCUAAACUGAUAACUCAUUUCAAGAACGGAAAUGGAAUUAAAUUCAUUCCUAUUAAAGAAGACCAAAAUGUAAGCAGAUUUAUUGAGUUAUCUAUGAAAUUCUUUUCAAGAAAGAAAGAAGGCAGCUGGCUUCAAAUAAAACAGCUGAUACAAAAAAUGUGUGACAACUUCCUCUUAGACAAUGAUUGGUAUCAUUCUAUAAAAGAACUAAAUGCCUCUUUAGCAAUUGUAGAUUCUGCUUUCUUUAGUCAGUGUUUAGCUAUUGUCCCAUAUAGGCUAUCAAUUCCAUUUCUAUUUCAAGGUCUGGCUCUUGGACCACCUUCUUUAAGGAGAGUUCCUUGGAAUCCAGCUGUGUUUCCACUUCUCAGUUUUGCACAUUCUGAUAAAAUGACAUUUUUCCAAAAGCUUAAAAACACUAUUGCAACAUGCAGCUUCUUUAUCUUUUUCCCCAUGGUUUCCCCAUCAAAGAGUGUCAAGGAAUAUGCCCCAGAAAAAAAUGAUAUACCAUUUGAAAGCGUUUUGCGAAAAGCUCAGUUAUUCUUAACUGAGAGUGAUCUGUUACUGAGUUAUCCAAAACCCAGUCUCCCUUCUGAAGUAUUUAUUGGUGGAGUAGCAACUCAUCCUUCAUUGCCUCUACAAGGUGACAUAAAGGAGUUUGUUGAAAGGUCUAAGCAUGGAAUCAUCAUUGUUUCCUCUGGAGGUUACAUAAGAGAGUUACCAAAAGAGCAUAUAGAGAAGAUGGAGAAGGCUUUUAAAGAAAUAAAGUAUGAUGUCAUUUGGAAACGACCAGACUCAAAGCAAUUAGCAUCAAACAUCCUCAUAAAACAAUGGCUGCCACAAAAUGAUCUUUUGGGUCAUCCAAAAACAAAACUCUUCAUCACACAUUGUGGAAUAAAUGGUCAGUUUGAAGCUCUUUAUCAUGGAGUUCCAAUGCUUGGAUUUCCGAUAUUUGCAGAUCAGUUUCACAAUGGCCAUCAAAUACACGUAAAGGAAUAUGGAAUUUCUAUGGAUAUAUAUAAUUACAAUAAAGAUGAACUUGUAUCAAACAUUAACGAACUGAUUGAGAAUUCAAAAUAUAAAACUAAUAUAAAACUUGCCAGUGAAAUAUUUCAUUCCCAUCCAGAACACCCAGCAGAAAGGGCUGCUCGGUAUGUAGACCAUGUGAUAAAGUAUGGCGGAGAUUAUUUAAGAUCGCCCUCUCAAAAUAUGCCUCUUUACCAAUUUCUCAUGCUGGAUAUCUAUGCUACAUUUCUGGCUAUAAUCAUAGCUGUUGUGUUGGUUGUUAAGUUUGUGGUUUCAAAAUGUUAUCGAUGUUGUUUUGCGAAAAAGAAGAAAACAGAAUAAACAGAAGCAAUGUUAUUGUAACUGACUGGUGAGGCAAUGAGCUGGCAGAAUUGUUGCUAUGCUGGACAAGAUGCUUAGCAGCAUUGCCAUUCGUCUUUAUGUUCUGAGUUCAAAUUCCGUCGAGGUUGACUUUGCAUUUCAUCCUUUUGGAAUCGAUAAAU